AUGACCUUGCCUUCAGCCGCCUCAUUGAAUUCUCAUUUCAGCGCAAAGCUCGAAGACGCCAUGGAAAAUCAAUUGCGAGAACUCCGAGAGGUCACAAUUGAUGACGUUGCUCGCCUUCACUGCCUACCUUCGACGAAGAUCAGGUCCGAAUCUGACCUUGAUUAUUGGAAAACAACAAGGUCUUACGCGGACUACCUUCUCUUUCUGCGACGGCUAAACGAGUCGGUGGUGGGGUUUUCACUCCCUUGGAAUCCAACUAGACACACCGAGUCAGGCGAAAAGAUGAUGUCGCUAUUGGACCAAUUAGAUGCUUGGAUCGAAGACAUCCCCCCGCUCAAGACUCCUCAGCGCUUCGGAAACCUGGCUUUCAGAACUUGGGGACAGCGGCUAGAAGAGAAAGCUGGCGGCCUCCUCGAACAACUCCUGUCACCUACCUACUCAUCAGUCAUACCACACGUUAAGCCAUAUCUGCUCGUUUCUUUUGGUUCUUUCACCCGAAUGGACUACGGCACUGGCCAUGAGACUUCGUUUGGCCUGUUCUUGUUCUGUCUGACACUAGUCCGGUUCUUCAAACCUGUCGUCGAAGAAGAACGCAGUCUAGUUCUGACUGUCUUCCUACGCUAUCUCAAACUAUGCUGGAAGCUUCAGGACACAUACAAGCUAGAGCCGGCAGGUAGCCACGGAGUUUGGGGACUGGACGAUUCCUGUUUUCUUCCGUAUAUUUUUGGUAGCGGCCAACUCCGAGACCAGACAGAAAUUCCCGUGUCAGCCGUCUUGCAACGCCCUUUGCCACCAACCAAUUUAUACUUCAUGAGCAUCAUGCGGAUUCUCGACGUCAAAUACGGCCCUUUUCAUGAACACUCCUCCCAGCUUCACUCGAUCGCGACCGCGGUGCCCAACUGGGGCAAGGUGAACUCCGGGCUGUUCAAGAUGUAUGAGGCCGAAGUGCUAGGGAAGCGUGUCGUGGUCCAACACAUUCCAUUAGGCGGUCUAUUGGAGUGGGAGCACGAGCACGGCCUGUCGACUCGCUCUCAAACUGCACCUUAUCCGACGUCUCCGGGCGCCAGUCAAAUUUAUCCAAGUACGGCGGCACCCUGGGCGACACCAAAGCUCUCUAGCUUUCCUGCUCCUACCGCGCCGAGGCAGGUGCAACAUCUCCCCGACUCGGGUUCCCAACAUCCUGGCCCGUCUUCCGCCUCUCCGAGACCUCGUCGACCCUUGUAG